AUGGCCACUUUGGCGGCAGAAGAGUGGAUUAGAGCUGAGCUUGAGAGACUAGACAGAGAAGAGCCAUUUGGAGAUGAGAGCUCUGAAGAAAUUGAUAGUGAAGACGAGAAUGCAUCUCUGCCCAACAACGACGACAUUCCAGAUGAAUUUAUUCUCGAAGAUGACGAAACAAGUGAUCCAAUUCCACAUCAUAUUCCGGCGGGUGCGGACUCUGAGCGAGAUAGAGAUUUCCUUUUGGGAAAAGAUGGCGAGACCAUUUGGACGACAGCAACUUUGAAGCAGAAAACAAGUAAGACUCCAAGAAAGAACAUAAUUUCUCAUCUUCCAGGUGCUAAAGAGGCUGCUCGAACCUGUAGCACCGAGCUCUCUUUUUUCAAAUUAUUCUUGAGUGAACCCCUCAUUGAGAUGAUCGUAUGCCAUACUGAUGAAGAGAUUGCAAGAAGACAGGCAUUGGUACCGAACUCAGAGAGAUACGCUGGACAAACCGAUACCAUGGAGAUAGAAGCACUGAUCGGAUUUCUUUUACUUUGCGGGGCUACCAAGAAUUCCGAUUUGAAACUUUCUGAACUUUUUUCGCGCAAAUUCAGCAUUCCAUUUUACAGAUGUGUGACGUCCCUAAACAGAAUGAAGUUCCUCAUUUCGCAUCUGAGGUUUGAUUCAAAAGAAACACGGGUUGACAGAAAGAGAAAUGACAAAUUCGCGCCGUUCCGUGAAUUCUGGGACAUAUUCAUAGCAAGUUGUGGAAAAUAUUAUACCCCUUCUGAGUAUGAGACUGCUGAUGAGACGCUUCUCAGUUUUAGAGGAAGGUGUCCCUUCAAAAUGUACCUGCCAAAUAAACCCGAUAAAUACGGACACUUCUCUGAAAUCGCUAAUCCAACUUGGCUCGUUUCGAUGAAACCCUGA